GAGGGAGAGAGGGAUGGCGGGGACGCUUCUAGGGCGCUGAUUGGUCGCGGCCGCGCCGGCGGGGCGGGGCGUCCGGGCUAGAGGGGUGUGAAGGGGGCUGGCUUUUCUCCUCGUUGCAUCAUCCUCAGCCCUCGGCAGCGGCUUUGGGAAGCCCGGGUGCGGUGCACACCACUCCCCCUCGGUGCUCUAACCCGUGCCCGGGGCCUCCUCGCUGGCCCAGCCUUGCCUGCACGUUCCUACCCCGCACGUUCCUACCCGGGCGCGCCAGCUGGGAAGGAGGCGGACGAGACUGCGUGCUCUCCUCGCUUCGCCCACCUUCCGACCCAGUCCUUUGGGGAAGCAUCCUCAGGGAUCUGCAGUCCUGCAGACGCGGUCUCGGACCAUUCCCGGUAGAACCAGCCGGCGAACAUGGAGAAGAGCAAUGAGACCAACGGCUACAUCGAGGGCAAAGAGCCGGCCGCGGAGCCGGGUGCCGCCGAAGCUGGCGCGCCAGGGCGAGCGCGGCGCUGUGGGGGCUUCCUGCGGCGCAACGCGCUGGUGCUGCUGACCGUGUCCGGGGUGCUGGCGGGUGCCGGGCUGGGCGCGGCGUUGCGGGGACUGGCUCUGAGUCCCGCACAGGCCACCUACCUGGCCUUCCCCGGGGAAAUGCUGCUCCGCAUGUUGCGCAUGAUCAUCCUGCCGCUCGUGGUCUGCAGCCUGGUGUCGGGCGCGGCCAGCCUGGACGCCAGCUCCCUGGGCCGCCUGGGGGGCAUCGCAGUAGCCUAUUUCCUGAUGACCACGUUGGGCGCUUCGGCGCUGGCGGUCGCCCUGGCUUUCAUCAUCCAGCCGGGAGCCGGCGCUGGGGACCUCCUGUACAGCGAACUGGGGCUGGAGAGCUCAGAAACACCCCCAGUCACCAAAGACACCGUAGAUUCUUUUCUUGACCUGAUCAGAAAUUUGUUUCCAUCUAACCUUGUUGUAGCUGCUUUCCGCACGUACGCAACUGAUUACAAGACAGUCAUCCAAAACAUGACCUUUGGAAACAUUACUUUGGAAAAGUCCAUGCAGGUCCCUUAUGGCACAGAGAUCGAAGGGAUGAAUAUUUUGGGUUUGGUCCUCUUUGCUCUGGUCUUGGGAGUCGCCUUGAAGAAGAUAGGCUCAGAAGGAGAAGAACUGAUCCGUUUCUUCAAUGCCUUCAAUGAGGCAACCAUGGUGCUAGUGUCUUGGAUUAUGUGGUAUGUUCCUGUGGGUAUUAUGUUCCUUGUUGGAAGUAAGAUUGUAGAAAUGAAAGACAUUGUCACCUUGGUGACCAGCCUAGGGAAGUACAUCUUAGCAUCAAUUCUGGGCCACAUCAUCCAUGGAGGGCUUGUUCUGCCGUUCAUUUAUUUUGUUUUUACACGGAAAAACCCAUUCCGAUUUCUUCUUGGACUCCUCACACCAUUUGCAACAGCCUUUGCAACUUGCUCUAGCUCUGCAACCCUCCCCUCCAUGAUCAAGUGCAUUGAAGAAAAUAAUGGUGUCGAUAAAAGAAUCAGUAGGUUCAUCCUUCCCAUUGGGGCCACCGUGAACAUGGAUGGGGCAGCCAUUUUCCAAUGUGUGGCAACUGUUUUCAUUGCCCAGAUGAACAAUGUAGACCUAAAUGCAGGACAGAUUUUCACUAUUCUGGUGACCGCCACAGCCUCCAGUGUUGGAGCCGCCGGAGUGCCAGCAGGAGGCGUCCUCACCAUCGCCAUCAUCCUGGAAGCCAUUGGGCUCCCCACUCAUGAUCUCUCCCUGAUCCUGGCCGUGGACUGGAUAGUGGACCGUACCACCACCGUGGUGAAUGUGGAAGGGGAUGCCCUGGGGGCUGGAAUCCUCCAUUACCUGAAUGAGAAGGCGACAAAGGUGGUGGACCACGAACUCAGCGAGGUGAAAGUAGAGGCGGUCCCCAACUGCAAGUCUGAGGAUGAGACCUCCCCUCUGGUGACCCACCGAAACCCAGCUCUGCCUCCGGCUGGCGCCCCUGACUUAGAGUCCAAGGAGUCAGUCCUGUGAGCGGCUGUGAGGUCUCACGCUGGGCCGCCAGAGGCGGAAUGCCGGUGUCCUGGCCCCGCCACACCUGGACCAAGCGCCUCCUGGACCUUUGUGCCUCCUGAGGGAUGCUUUGGGACAACAUCCUAGGCGAUGUGUGUUACUUAGCGUGUGUCCUGGGGCUUCGCAGUGGGACCCAUUUAUCUUGAACCGGAACAAACACUUCCAUGUUUCCCUCUCUUCGUGUGCAGACGCCGCUCUGUGUCUGUGAGUCUGUGUGUGUGUCUGCUCUUGUGUGUGCAUACAUGCAAGUGUCCAUUUCUAAACAACAUCCCCAAGACCUGCCACCAGCACAUGCUGAUUAAAGCUUAGAAAAGACAAAUUUAAUCUUCACUAGUUAGCCUGUGUAGGAGGGGCUGCCUUCCCACACAGCUAGAAGGUCUGCAGAAGUAGAGAGCAUCCCUAGGGACUCCCCAAUAUUGUCUAGUGGGUGGAAGCAAGCAAAAAAUAUAACAAAAUUAGCUUUCUUCCCUCCUUCUCUCUCUCCCACUUAUCCUUCUAGCCUCCCCAACAAAUGGAAUCAGUAAACAAAGAGCAUUCCGGUGUUGUUUGGAGAGGCUGUACCCUAAGCGAGUGCAUAUGACUUCUGCAAUUGUGCUCAUGCUUUGCCCAGGGGGAGCCUCCUACUUGGGCUUCAGCAUCAGUCCCAUGUCAGGCUGUGACAUGGGGUCUCGACUUCUAGGGAGACUGAGGUAGGCUCCCUUCUAGCCCACAGCCCCAGCUAGCUCAGUCCCUGUCAGAGCUGAUCAUUUAUUUCCCUGAGGUUGGCAAGCUGGAAUUUUGGCAGUUCUGCAGUUGUAUGUCUGGUAAUUAAUUCUGGUUUGACAGAAGGUCACAAGAUCACACUUUCUGUGGUGCUGUACCCAUGGUGUAAUGUCAGCUGUCUCAUUUAGGGAGGGUGUGAGAGAGAGACAGAGACAGAAAAUUAUGUAUUUCAUCAAAGUAUUUUGAGUCUGCUACUCUGUCUCUUAGGGCAACACACUGGCAAUGGGACAUCUCCAGAGACCAGGAAAGGGUACCAUGUAAUUCCAGAUUCCCUUGUUUUGAUUUGAGUUGGCUGUUUGGAGUGGAACCUAAUGUACUCUAAAAGGAAACGAUGGGGGGAAAAAAAUCAGAAAAUGCCCAACAUGGCCUGCAUUCCUGCAGUGACACAUUGGCUCCUUCUGAAUCAAACUUUGUCAGAGGUUCUGGUGCGCUGGAUGAAGAAUGCAAGGGGUUCCUCCUAGAGGGGGGAGACCCCCGAUCUCUUUCUGACACCAGUACUUCAUCCUCGGGUGACCUUGUCACUGUAUCUCAUUCUUCUCCCCUCCCUCCCCAGUCUGUAAAAUGGAAACGAUAAUACCUGCUUUUACCUACCUCACAGGGAUUUGGUGAGGUCAAAGUUAAGCUGAAUUAAUCUAAGAAAAAAUCACUGAGCUCUUUUAAAGGAAACAUCUGGGAAGUAUCUUUAUUUAAUGGCCAAAUAAUAACUUUGUCCAAACAGGCAUCGAUCAUAGUCGUUCUGACUGAUUUUUGUAAGCAGAGCUUUGUUCCAUGUUUGUGUGUAUGUGUGUAAACACAAACCUCCGUUGUGUUGCAUGAAAUUUUGUGUGUGUGCUUUUUAUAAUGAAUUCCCUUAAAUCUGUUGCUGGAUUUUCUUAGUAAUGGAAGGUUUCAUCUCCUUAAAUCAUUGUCAUUCUCUAUUUGGUUGUUCUUCACUGGAGUGAAUGAAAGGGCGGUUUUGUAAUACCUGGCUUGGCUGGCGCUCAUAGUUAAGGAUAGUAAUUAUCGCAGAAUAUGUUCAGUUGCAUUUGAGGUGAGCCCCACUCCCCAACCCAGACUGUUCCAAAUCCAGCCCCAAUUUUUUCCACCCUUCUCACUUAUCCUAAAGCUACAGGAGAAAGGUGAACUCUCAUAAGGAUGCACUGGACCCCCACUGCUUAGCAUAGUGCCUGGCACAUAGUAGGCGCUUAAUAAAUGUUUAUUGAUUGAUUGAUUAAAAGGGAUAGGAGGAGGAGGAUGGAAUAGAGAGAAUCCCUCCCUCCUUCCCCCUCUAUACUUCCUUUAUCUUUUACAUAAAUGUGUACUCUGGAUCUGUGCCCAGGCAGGAGACAAGGAAGGACCCAAAGAACAUGUAGCGGUGACAAACAAGUCUCAGUUCCCCUGUACUCCAGAGAAAAGUCCUUUUCUUUGGCUCACUCGAAGCCGGCUUAGCUAAACAGUCCUUUUGUGAAGCUCUGGGACAGCCAAAGGCCAGUGCCUUAAAUGGAAAAAUAAACGGAGGUCAAUGAAAAAGGCAAGCAAGAUUUAGACACAUUUUUCUCUUUCAUAGGCACAGGGGAGCUCAUUGCUAGUGUCCUAGACUCAAAGGAGAAGACACUAUACUAAUUUUUAAACAAUUAAAUCUUCCCUUCCUAUUUCCCACUCUUGCCUCAAAAAAGUAUAUUAAGUGCACACUGAUGAUUUGCUUUUUGUUUUAGUUAACCAUUGAAAAAUAGUUUCUAUCUAUUAAGCUUUUACUCUGCUUGGACUUUGGCCUAAACUGCCAGAAAUGAACUGCCAGAUGUCCUGAUUUGGUCCCCAAUUUCCCCCUUCAUUCAUUUAUUCAGCCCAAGGCAAUUAUGUUGUUGGAAGGAAAAAGAGCUGAGAAAAUAAAACCUAAUCAUGUAAUAUGACAGUGCUUGACCCUAGAAGCUUAAGGGGAAAAGAAGAGAAUUUAAGUUAAUCUAUUCAAUUAAUCAACCCUCUUUGAGAUAUUGAAAGGAAUGGGAAUUGACAACCUCUUUUUGCUUUUGUCUGGUCCAAGCCUUUUAGAAUUUUUUUUUGGUAGAAAUUCUUUCACAAUGUCCAUGACAAAGUCUUCCUACUUGUCCUUUUCUGAUAUUUGUUGUAAACGGUGGUUCUCUUUAAUGGCCCUUUGUGUGUGUGUGUGUGUGUGUGUGUGUGUGUGUGUGACUUGCCUUAAGACAGAGCAGUCUUUACCAACAAAUACAUGAUUUCUACUGGUUUCUGCUGCCUCUUUAUCCUUCUCUGUUCCACUCAUUUUAAUAAGCCAUGUUUUAAGAUCAGAUUUAAUGGGGUGAUCACCAAAAAGAAGAUCAUCUUCUUGGGUGCCUUUGGUGGACCCAUAUUGGGAUUUUUAAUACUCUCCUAUGCCGAUGAGGAGCAUGAGGUAGUAUUGGGGGCGAAAUGAUAGCUUCAGGUCUUAUCUCUGACACAAACUAGCAGAGUAAACAGAAGGAAGUCACAUAACCUCUCAAUACCCCCAAACAACUCCCUUAAGAUUAUAAGGGGCAGAAUAUUGUGGGCAGUUGAAGGGCUUUUCCAUGUUGAAAGUUCUCCACAGCAGUGGACUUCCAAAAAAAAAAAACCUCCUUAGAAAAGCAUAUCAGUAUUAUCCCUGAAUACUUUACAAGGACCUGGAGCAGUGGAAGCAAAGUUAAGAAAAGGGUAGCUAUUGUGAUGGGCAGCUAGGUGAUACAGAGGAUAAGAGUCCCAAGCUUGGAAGUAGGAAGACUCCUUCCUGAGUUCAAAUCUGACCUCAGACGCUUAGUAGCUUUAUUCCUGGGCAAGUUACUUAGCCCAUCUGGAGAAGCAAAUAACAAACUACUCCAGUAUCUUUGCCAAGAAAACUUCAAAUGGGGUCACAAAGACAUGCCUGAACAACAAAGCUAUUGUGACAUAAAUUCAAGAUAUAAUAACUAACUUGCUGCUGAUAAAUCAUGGAUUUUCCUCUUUUAAAACUAUUAGGAAAGAAUUAAACAAUUUUGGAUUUCCAUUGGCACUAGCAUGGAUCUCCAGGUCAGUUUUCUAUGAUGACUGCUGGUUAAGUCAUCUCAUAACCAAUUAGAGCUAAAGAUUUGGGAUGGAAAAAAAUGGUCAACCUCCAACUGGUGGUGUUCACAUUCCUUUCAUUACGCACAAAAUUGUAGCAUGACUGAAGAAUUUGUUUUGUGAUAAAAUUAUCUUUAGAAAAUAAAAAUAGUCUACAAAUUUACCUUGGAAGAUUGGAGGACUGAAUUUCAAGUGAAAUAGCUAUAAAAGGAGCAAGAUCUGUGUGAUAUCACUUGAUCUAGAUUUUGGUCUCUUCCUUUUAUACUAGUUAGCCUUGUUUUCAGUCAAAAUAUAGGAUUGAAGAGAGAGAAGCUCUCUGUUCAUAAGGGGACAAAAGUGGAUGAUCAAUUUAUCAUAUUUUGAGGCGUGACUUUACUUUUACCACUUUAAUGUUGGUAAAUAUUUAUUUCAAAGUUUCAGAAGUAGAAAGAACCAAAGAAUUCAGGAUUGUGGAGAUAGUUCCACUAAGAGAACCUAAUUCUUUUCAUUGUCUUCCUCUGUAACAAAUGCAAAGGAUGUUGGUGAUAUUAGUUUGCAGUUUGGGUAGACUUGAAUUAAUUUGACCAUUGCAGGGCCAUGUAUGCCCAGGAAAGUGGAAAUCUUUUCAAUGAAUAAAUUUAGCCAAACAAGCCCCCUGAGACAGGAAAAGGAAUAACAAUUUUAACUUCCUUUUUCCAUUUCUAUCUUUUACGAGUGUGUCAGGAGGUUUUGAUACAAUACAGACAUCUAGAUCCAGAAUAUUAUUUUCCCUAAAUUUUUGAAGUGUUUCCUUGUUCUCCCCUUUCUAUUUGCAAGUGCUACUUGAGCACCUAAUUUUGUUGUAGCCCCAGCUUUUGCCUAUUUUGAAAUGCUCAGAAUUAAUAUUAAUAUGAUUGAGGGUCUUCUAACUUGGACUGAUUUAAGCCAGAUAUUUUAAAAUGGCUUAUUUUGCCCUUAUUAAAUGGACACCAUCUCAUAGGAUCUUUAUCCUAUUGAUAACUCAGCCAGUGCAUAGUAGAAAAUCGUCAAAGGGAAGUAUCUCAAGGGCCUGUUUUAUCUAUCAGCUGAUUAUUGGGCCUAAUCCAAAACUAUGGUUCACUGGUUGCAAAUUACUAAAUCCAAACAUCCAUGGUAACCUCUGCCCUUAUGUAACUUAGCUCAGCAAAGGCAAGUGAUAAAGGUAGCCUGAAGAGCAGCAAGUUUUUUGGCAGAGAGAUGCAUAUCAAGCAUGGCAGAAAAAUGUAUGAAGUCUGUAAAGGAGAGGGUGUAGGUGAAUGAAGUGUUUUGGGGAUUUCUUUCUGCUCCUAGCCAGUUUAGAGUGCUCACCUUUAAAUAAAAGUUUUACAAAGAGAAUGGCCAGGAAACUUACAACAAUAUCAACAAGUCCAGCUAGCUGUCAUGAGUAAUUCUCCUAAUUAGGGUUGUAAAACCCCCAGAGCAAGAGCUAUCUUUACUGAUACAUGACAAGUGUUCAAAACAACACUAGCCACACCAAAAAUAAAUUAUAACAGGUAGCUAAUUCAGAACGCAUGUUUAAUAGGUUGUGUGUUGUCUUUAACAAGGAAAUGACUAAUUAAUCUCUCAAAUAGUGGGGAAGUAAUUCAUUGAAGCAGCUUGGAGUGAUACUUGAGAUAACCUUGGAUGUGCUCCAUGCAAUGGGCCAUGCAAUCUGGGGCAGUGACCACUCAGACCCCCAGAUUUUGGUCACAUGUGAGUUAUUGAAAAGAUAGAGCAAGCAGUAGCUGAACUACACAAGUUGAGUGCAGUUCCCUGCUCUGGGAAGACACAUUCAAAAUUUCCAGAUGGAGGCGUCACCCAGUUAACCUCCAGAAUCUCUGUGAAGAUACUUUCCAUCUUCCCAGGCUCACAAAGUAUUAAAGGAGCUCUGGGAAGCCCCACUUCUGGGGGCAGCACAUACCCCUCCAUGGGUUCCAGGGAGCCCAGCAGCUGUUGUGUGACAGCUAGUGCCGGCGUAUUGGAAUUUCCAACUUCCUCCUAGUGUUAGCCUGUCACACCUGCCUUAUCUAUCUUUUUUUUUUUCCUUAAAUAAUGGAAAAAGUGAACUUGUUCUCAAAUUCUUGAGCAAUUGGAUAAAGCAGUGCCCUUUCAAAUAGACUCAAAUAAACUCAAACUAUGGAAAGAAUCACUUGACAUAUGAACAGGAAUCCCUUACUAUCAAGAGAUGGUACUGAUGAAAAUAUAAAGUUUGAUAGAUUUGGUGUGACAGAACCACAAAGGAAUAUAUAUAUUUUAUACACACACACACACACACACACACACACACACACACACACAUGCUUUUUCAAGUUGAUGGUAGGGAGGACAACCAUACCUUCCUAUUGACAAUUUCCUUGGGAUUGCUUCUGGCAACAAAAUAAAUGGAACAGGUUGUGAGUUGAACCAGGAAGAUAAUUCCUUUGGUAUGUGUUUGUUCAUUCUCUUCCUGUCUCUCUCCCUUUAUUUAUCUCUUUGUCUUCUGAGCAGUUUCUUUCCUUUCUUUACUCACACCUUAGGCCAGCUAGUGACCCCCAUGGUCACUAGAUGGAAAGAAUCUAAUUUAAUGUAAUCAGAAGGAAUCUAAAUUCAAAUCUUACUUUCUACACUUACUGUUCAAUGCUUUUUGUCCAAAUCAGGGUUUCAAUUUCCUCAUCUAUAAUAAGAAUAAUAAGGAUAAAAUUAAAUAAUGCUUAUAAAAAAACUUUUUGAGAACUUUAAAAUACUACAUAAAUGUUAGUCCCAUAGAAUCUUAGCUCUCUUCAAACUCCAGCUCAAGUGCUGUGCUGGUAGAUUGUUUUUUACUUUCCAUCCAAACCCCUAAGCAUUGAGCGCUUUCUGCUUGCUCAAAUUACUUUAUUGGUAUACAAGUUUUAAACUUCCCAGUAGAAUGUAAGCUGCUUGAAGGUAGAUUGGAUGUAAAUGCAAUUUUUUUUGUAUUUCUUUUUGUCUCCACAGAGCCUAGCACCCAGUAGGCACUCAACAAACCUGUUGAACUGAACUGCAUUAAAUUGAAUUGGUGACUCUUGGAGUCUUAAAACAUU